GAAAUGCUUCAACAGACACUUCAGUCUUCAGAAAAACAAUUCUGUUGAUGAUCUACUGCAGAUGUUUGAUGAUAUUGUGCAAAUUAAUUAUGGACGGCACCUGGAUUCUCCUGAAGCUUUACAGUAUUUCACAGUGGAGCAACAGGCCAGAGAAAGAUUUUCAGACAGUUUGAAGCUGAAUCUGCUUGUGUGUGGGAGCAAUGCAACAUUGAAAUCCUCCAUAUCAGACCAAAUCAUGCAGCAGUCCGACAGAAGAUCAGACGUGGAGCUCUAUGGACAUCUGAUUAGUCUGGUGGAGCUUCCAGUUCUGAUUCGGGUCUCAGAGGAGGAAGUGAUGCGUCACACUCUCCGAUGUGUGUCUCUCUGUCAUCCUGGAGUUCAUGUUUUUCUCCUCAUUAUUUCUGAUGCUCCAUUGACCGAUGAAGACAAAGCAGAAAUGGAGGAGAUCCAGAGGAUCUUCAGAUCAAGAAUCAACAAACACACCAUUAUCCUCAUAAUACAGAGUUCAGAGCAUCAGACAGCAGAACUCAAUGAAGAAACACGGUCUGUCAUUCAGAGUUUUGGAGGACGAUAUUACUUUUUUGGUCCCAAAACCCAAGUGUCCACAUUGAUGGAAAGCAUUGAGCAGAUGCUGGAAGAAAACAGAGGAGAGUUGUUCACCACAGAGAUGUUUCUGGAGGCCCAGAUGAAAAAAAUUAUGAAAUUUGAAGAGAUGAAGAGGAAAAUUGAUUCACUAGAGGCACAUUUACUCUCACAAGGUUCAUUAGAGGGUGAAGAUGAAUUGAGAAUUGUUCUGUUGGGAAAAACCGGAGUUGGGAAGAGUGCAACUGGAAACACAAUCUUGGGAAGAGACGUAUUUAAAUCAGAGCAGUCUUUUGAAUCAGUGACCGGUGAAAGUCAGAGAGAAACAUCCGAAAUCAACAGUCGACAUGUAACUGUCAUUGACACUCCAGGACUGUUUGAUACUAAACUUUCUGCUGAGGAGAUUCAGAGAGAAAUCAGCAACUGCAUCUCAAUGAUCCUGCCUGGACCACAUGUGUUUCUCUUACUGAUUCCACUGGGACGAUUCACUACUCAUGAGGAAACAUCAGUGAAGAUCAUCCAAGAAACAUUUGGAGAGAAAUCAUUAAUGUACACUAUGGUGCUCUUUACCAGAGGAGAUGAUCUGAAGAACAAAUCUAUUGAACAGUGUUUGGGAAAACCUGGAUCUCCUUUGAUGAAGCUGAUUAAAGCUUGUGGAAACAGAUACCAUGUGUUUAAUAAUAACCAGACUGCAGAUCGAACACAGGUGUCUGAUCUACUGGAGAAGAUAGACAACAUGGUGAAAGAAAAUGGAGGGAGUUACUACUCAUGUAAGAUGUUCAGAAAAAUGGAAAGAGAAAAACAAGAGCAACAGAUGAAGAGCAUUACGGAGAGAGUCAGAGAAAGAGAAGAACUGUUGGAUAAACUAGAAGCUGAGAAAGAGAGAAUGAAGAUGAUGAUGGAGGAAGAACUAAAGAAUCAGGAAGAAGAGAGAAAGAGAAGAGAAGAAGAGCUCAAAAAAGAAAUAAGAGAACAAGAGAAACAUCAGAAAGAGACACGAGAAGAGAUGAGGCUAGAACGAGAGACAUUUAGACAUGAAAUACAGGAAAUGAGACAAGAAAAAGAUCAAAUAAAAACAGAAAACCAAAAUCUUAAAACUGAAUAUAAUACAGAAAUAGAUAGACUGAAGAACAUAAUAGAGAAUGAGAGGAAGAAAAAAGAAGAGGAAUAUAAUGAAAGAGAAUUACGAUAUAAAACACAGAUAAAAGAGAAAGAAAGAGAGAUGAAAGAGGAGAUUAAGAGAGAAAGAGAGGAAUGGGAGAAACAGAAACUAGAGGAAACAAUGAGAACAGAAGUUGAAAAUGAGAAAAGAAGAGAAAAAGAAAAACAGAUUUCUGAUCAGCAGAUUCAGGGGCUGACGAGUGAAAUGGAGGGAUUAAUCCGAGAGAAAGAGGUAAACGAAAGACAGAUACAAGAGCAACUAGAGGAAUUAGAAAAGAGACUGAAAGAAGAUGGACAAAAGACUCUUGAGGUGAAACUAAAACUCGUUGAAGGGCAAAAUGAAGAAGAACUAAAGAGAAGACAAGCAGAGUGGAGGGAAGAAUAUGAAAGAGAGAAAGAAGAGAUGAUCAAAAAGACCUGCUCUGAAGAUAAUCAUUUAUUCAAGCCCUACAGGAAAUUAGAGAGCGAAUACAGCAAGUGGACCUGGAGUCUUCGUAGAGCCAUGAUGGAAACUGAGAACAAGCUACACAACCAAAUAGAAAAUGAAGCUAUUAAUGAGGUUAAGGAAUCUGAUCUUCACAGAGAAAUAAAGGAGACAAGUGACAAAGUAAAAAAAAUAAUGUCAGAGUUCUUUGAGAAAGACACAGAAAAAGAUUUAGUGAUUCAGUGGAAAACAUCAUUUAAAAUCAAAAUAGAAGAAUUUCAGAAAAACAUUGUGAGACAAACUAAGAGGAAAUUAAACGAGGUUCUUCAGCAGCGAGACCUGAAGAGAAAGACUGAUGCUCAGAGGAAAUUUGAAAAUACUCUCUAUGAAAAUAUCAAAGAACUUGCCUUAAAAUUCAAAGACAAAGCAAACGAUGAAGAAACACUGAAGAAAGGUUUUGAUUUGUUUUGGAAACAAAGUGUGGAGAAAAUCAUAACAGAAACUCCUCUAAUCAGAGAUAUUGACAUAAUGAGAGAUGUGAGAGAGAUCCUCAGUGACAUGUAUCUGGGAUGUUUAUCGGCAGACCAUAAAAAUGAUAGUGGGUACAAUAAUAUUUUCUCAGUGCCAAGUUAUUCUGAUUAUGUUUAUUUCAGAAAGUCCACAAAUAGUGGUAUCAGAGAGGCUGUAAAGGAUGCAUACAGGGCAGUUAAAGAAGCAUUAGGAUCUGCUGAAACUUUGUCUCCAGAAGAAGAAACCCAAAUAAGAUUAUUAGUCACAGAUGUUACUCAGCAGACAGACAAAAUGAUUGAGUUACUUAACAUUUCAAAGAUGGGUUACAACUUAAACUGCAUUCAAAAACACAUAAGUCGUAUCAAGGCAAGAGUAAGAGAACAUCAGGAGGAACCAGUGAAAUAUGUGUUCAAGAAUGAAUUCUUCAUUGAUUUGGUUUAUUCCAUCUAUAAGAGAGCAAACAAGAAGAUCACUGACCAACACAGACUGUUUAGGGAAGCCAAUGAUCCUGUAAUAUAUGUUGAGAAGAAGAGAGACGAGUACUACAGUAUUUUCCAGAAAUACUGUCAUGGAGCCACAUCAGCCAUUAUUUUUGGUGAUAUCAUAUGUCACAAACUCAAAGAGCCCAUUAAGCAGAGUGUCUACAAGAAGACUGCCAAAGAUCUGGUAGAUGAAAUAAGAUCAAACUGUGAAUCACUAAAUGGAAACAGAUCAAAUUUAGAGAAACACAUCCUAAAGACACUGGCCAAACAUGAACAAUUUAUUUUGUACAUGGACUACAUUAAAUUUCCCAGAGAUCACUUCAAGAGUUUCAUCAGAGAUGAAGUCAAUCAGUACAUCACUGAUAAGUUCAGUGUCAGCGUUUUACCAAAGAUGAAGAACAACAUUGAACUCCUGCAGCAGAAAAUCAUGAAUGCAGCUCAUGAAUCUACUGAACAUGUUCAACUGAACAGAGGAGAUGUUGGUUUGUGGUUAAAGAGUUUUACACAGAAGAUCUCAGACGAGAUAAUCUUCUCUGAAAAAGAUCUCAAUGGAGUCAAACAGGAUGAUGUUGACAAUUUCAAACUGUUGGAAGAUGUAAUAAGACAAGAACUUCUUGGUAUAAUGACUAACAUCAGCAAUGGAUUCAACACAAAGACAUUUCCAGUAAAUCUUGACCUGAAGUUCAGACCAGAUGAACUUCUGGUUGAUCACCUCUGUCAGUGCUGUUGGGUUCAGUGUCCAAUCUGUAAAGCCACCUGCACCAACACCACAGAGAACCAUGAUGGGGACCACAGUGUGGCUUUUCACAGAGUGACUGGAAUUAAUGGCACCUUUUACCAUUUAACACAAAAUCUCUGUGUUGAUAUUUGCGCAAACAUAGUAGCAAAUAAUCUGAAUUUUAAUACACCAGAUGGAGGAAUUGUUUGGAAGAAAAUUAAAAUAGCAGGGCCUCAAAAUGCCACCUGGAGCAUUACCCCUGACCUCUCUGAACUACUCUACUGGAAGUGGUUUGUUUGCAGAUUCCAGCAAGAUCUGGAGAAAUACCAUAAUAAAAUUUUUGAGGAAGGGAUACCAGUGCCCUCAUUUAUCAACAGUACAUAG